AUGUCCUCGUCCGCCUCCAAUGUCCCCAAGGCAGUUUUCCCACCCAAGGGCACCACCUAUCAGACCGCGGAUGAGUGGUACACAGUUCUGGCCGACAUGCAAAUCGCCUCCAUGCUCUUCCAGCACAACGACAUGGUAUCCUCUGAAGACGAUUGCAAGACCAAAUACGUGGCCCGGCAGCUAUUUCGCAGGCUGGCCAAAGGAGGCCGGCUCUCGAGCUUUGGAUUCGCCGAAGACGACUGGUCAGCAGGGCAGCAGGACGCCGAGACAACGAGGCUGCCCAUGCCCCAUCGUGGCAGCCCCUUCCCUAUCUGGCCAGAUAAUUUCAGGCCGGCCAACGUCAUGUUCGUCCUGGAUCCGCCGUGGUGGCUGCUGCUCGACGUUCCAGAGAUGUGGGACGAUGGCAUUGAUGAUUGGACCAGCGUCUACGAUAGGCGCGUGCAGACCUGGUUUGCGGCCAUGGAAGAAGCAGAGAAAGACACAGACGAGCAAAGCAAACACAAGACAACAAGCGCAACUAUAGAGUCAAGACAUCCCCUGCUGCCGCUAUCCGCCUAUAUGCGUGAGAGCUGGGCCACGGGCCGCUUCUGGCUCAACUACGCUGCCAGAAAGAGUUGGGCUUUUGACGCCAUCUAUUGGAAGUAUCUGGAUCAAAACUUCUUUGGUAAACGAGAUGAAAAUAUCCCCAUGCAUGAGUUGUGGAAGACGAGGGUGCACCUCCUAAAUCAAGAACGAGGAGCCAUGGACAUGGUGCAAAUCAAGAUGGAGGAAUCUAAAGAGCGAGUCUUGGUCGAAUGGGACGAUGCGAGUGCCAGGCAAAGACUUGCACACUUUUUAUUUGAAUAG